CUAGAUGUAGCGCAGAAAGGCGUUUGGGAUUGUACCAUAGCUAACUUGCUUGCAGUAUCUUAACUAUGCGGUUAGCUGCAUGCUAAAGUGUAAAUUGCACUUUACUAUGAGCUUAAAUCAAUGAGCUUGAAUUCAUUUGAAGGUUGUAAAAGGAACAUGGAGAAGUAGUUAUAUAUUUAAUAUGGCUCUCACGGCGUUACAAAACACGGGUGUGUUUUAUCGUAGGAUUCUGUCUCAGUUUCCACAAGACAUUAGCUUAGCUUUUGCCUAUGGAUCUGGAGUAUUUAAACAGUCUGGGGCCAGUCAAGGUCAGAUGCGGAAUAACAUGCUGGACUUUGUGUUUGCUGUGGAUGACCCCAUCAAGUGGCACAGCAUGAACUUAACAGACAACAGAAAACAUUACUCUGUUCUGAAAUAUCUUGGUCCAAAAUACAUCAGCAGCAUUCAGAAUGACUAUGGAGCCAGAGUGUACUACAACACCCUAAUACCCUCGGAGGAAAGGCUGAUCAAGUAUGGUGUCAUCAGCACGGACGCCCUGAUGGAUGACCUGCUUCACUGGAAAACCUUGUAUAUAGCAGGCAGACUGCACAAACCUGUGCGGAUUCUGUUGCAGAAGGAGAGCACAAAGCUGCGAGCGGCUUUGGUGGCCAAUCUGAAGAGUGCAGUGAUUGCCUCCUUCCUCAUGCUUCCAGAGAGUUUCUCAGAGGAAGAGCUUUUCCUCAACAUCGCUGGACUCUCGUACUCCGGGGAUUUCAGGAUGGUGAUUGGUGAAGAUAAAUCCAAAGUUUCCAACAUUGUGAAGGACAACAUGGAGCACUUCCGGAUCUUGUAUAAAAAUAUUCUCCAAGAAUGUCCACAGGUGGUUUAUAAGCCACAGCAGGGGAAGCUGGAGGUGGAUAAGAGUCCAGAAGGCCAGUUUACCCAGCUAAUGGCUCUACCUCACACGCUACAGCAGCAGAUCACACGGCUGGUGGAUCCUCCGGGGAAGAACCGUGAUGUGGAGGAGAUCCUGCUGCAGCUCGCUCAUGACCCAGACUGCGGUCUGCUCGUACAGCAAGGAAUCUCCACAAUUGUGAAAACUUCCAGCAUAACACAAAGUGCCAAAGGAAUUGUUACAGCAGGCCUCGUGAAAACGGUGUCCUACAGUGUGAAAAAGCUUCGGAAGAUGCUCAAAGGUUGGAGGAGGAAGACCCCAUGAUUUCAUAUACAGUGAGAGUUUUUAGCUGGCUGAUACUCUUCGUGUUCUUGAUAUUAACUCACCACAUGGUCAUGUCUAAUACAUGUGUAAUCCUGUAGCACUAUUUAAGCGAACUGAGGACCGAGGUUUAUUUAUGUUAACAUGAUUUUUGUGUUGAUUUCCAUAAUAAAUGCUGUGAGAUGUUUAGGCUGAUUACACUGCCCAGUCCUGGGUGUUCUGUCAUCUUUUAUUUUAAUUUUGCAUGUACAUGUGAAUUGCAAAACAGGUCAUCGGUGAUAAGGAAUUGGCUUUAAUCGCUAAUAAAAUGACGCUGUUUAAACAAUGGCUGAACAAAACAGUAGCAUGGUUUCAUCUCAAUACCAGGGCACCCAGUUAAAUCCUGAGUUUGUGUUACUGUAUGUGUGCAGGUUCUCGUGUUCAAGCUGUGUGUGUUGGAUUCCUAUCAGGUUCUCAAAAACAUGUGCCUGGUGACCUGCAAUGGUCCUGCAUCCUAUCCGUGGUGUGUUCCUGUCCAGUGUUCAUUGCAAAGAACUGACCAAGAAGAAACACUUACUGCAGAUAAAAGAAUAAAUAGAUUAAAUAGACAAAACACUGCAACAUUUUAAUAAAUCGAUGUAAUUCUGGUUAUUAUUUAUUCUAUUCAUUCGAAUAAAAGAAAUUUUGCCAAAAA